CGACCAGUAUAGAAAACUUGUCGUUUGAUCAAGUUUUGCCGAUGACAGUGUACGUUUCAUUUGAUGGCAUUUCCGCUUGUUCUCCUGUUAAAAUUAAACAGUACAUUUGAGUCUUUCUUCUUUGGCAAGUCAACCCAAUACGAUGGAAAUCGUGGUUGAAGCUUCAGAAAUCUUUCUAGCCUGUCGAUGUAUUAUUGAUUGACUGUCGAUGCCAAUCGUUAUGGCGACACUGGUUCUUUAUAGUUUCGCUGUUUUUCUACUGAAUCUGCUAUGGGAGCCCUCAUUUGUCGAAGGUAAGAACUUGCUUUACAAUCCUUAUAAGCGAACGAUUAUACACGAUGAUUAUCAGCUUUUUAGGAGUGAGCAGCAUCGCAAUCUUGAGCUGGGCGACAUCUUGACCGAAGAUCAUAAAAAUGUUGGAUAUGUUUUGGCUUUCUCAUUUGACAGAUAAUUAGAUCGUUGGUAAAGGUUUAAAGCACUUCUCGCUAGAUAAAUCUUCUACCAAAAGAACUGCAAAUGUAAAGGCUUUGACCAAUACUUAACUCAGCUCGUGUACAGCUGGGCAUGUAACUUAUAUUUGUGCACGUAGGAUGUUAGCGGAUUUCCUACAAAUCCUGUCCGUUUGAACACUCAGAAGUCCCGGGUUUUCCAAAUUUAAUACCUAAAUAAUCUUUGUGGGAUUUAUGGAGUAAAAACGGCGAACUUGUUUGAGGCCUGUAUAUAUUUUAAAGCAACCACUUUUGGGCGGAAAAUUUCCGCAUUGCGACUUGCAAUCUGCUAUAUUUGCCUAGUUUUGCAUAAGCAAAUAGGGGAUAUAUUUUCUUGCGAGCUACUGUAAGCUUCGCUCGGAGAACCGGUCUGUAAAGCAACAACCGUGUCCCUUUUUCUAUUCCGAUUAUUGAGAUUAAAUUAUCAAUUUCAAUUAAAAUAUUAAUCGACCGUACAAGUUUGUAUCGACAGCAACUGGCCGAGGUCCAAAGUGUUUUAUUUCUCAAUUUGGAGCUCUUCCGGUCUUCGCCUUUUGCCUUCGCCUUCCUUGUCACGUUUAAUUAGCUUAAACCCAUGAACAACGUGAUAUAAAUGUUUCUUAAUAUUUAUAUAAGAAUGUUAUCUGUUUUCCUCCCUUUAAUCUAAUGGGUAAAGACUUCCUGUCUGACUUUUCUGUAAAUAAUUUUCCGGAAGGUUUAAUGAAUGUGCGUGCUUGUUCUUUUUUAAUUUUUGGUCGAUGACAUAUUACAGUGUUCGCUUGUUUGUUGCUGAAGUUUAUUUUAGAAAUGGCAUAAUUGCUUGAUAUUGUGAUGUCUAUGCAAAUUAAUGACGCUUAGGAAAAUGAGGACAAGUUAUUCACCAGGGUAUUCAGUAGUUUAAUUUUUUUUGUUCCUUUUCAUUGUUUAAUUUUUAGUCAAUUUGAUAAAACUAAUAAUUAGAUAAUUGACUCAUUGACUUAAGCUGUCUUCAAGUCUAGUGCUGUGUGAAAAAUUUUUUCGAUUCUGAACCUAUGAUAUCCACAGUGCCCAACAUUUCAACAAAUUUCAUACAAACCAUGAUUUUCUUGCAAUGAAAAGGCAAAAGUCACAAUUAGCAGCGUGUUAGUCUCCCUCUCAGCUGUUUUGUGUCAUCAAGCAACUCUCCUCCCCGUCUCCCUCUCAGCUGUUUUUGUGUCAUCAAGCAACGCUCCUCCACAACAAACAGCUGGUCAGCUUUCCAGUUUUCAUCAAGGUUUUGUGUCAUUUGACACCAGGGCAAAAAAUUGGCAAGGCUCCUCCCCGUCUCCUCCCCGGAAAUUUUCAGGUGGGAUUUUUUCCUGCAUUUUGUCAUCAAUGACAACAACCAAAAAAAGAUAACUUUUCUAGACAAUUUAAUCUCCCGUUUAACUCCCAAUGACUCUCAUUGGUGACGCUUCGCUUUUUUGAACAUGUCAUCACCUCUUGGCCUUUUCUCUACUGGAGGCCCUCCUUUUCUGGGCUGCCAUGCUCAACAAACAGUUCUUUUCACAAUGGUCACAUUCUUCUUUUUGACCACAUGCAGCGUGUAAAAAGUUCCUUUUUUACAGACUUUGUAACUUAAAACUGUUUUUGAUCGUUCUUUAAGAUGUAAAAACAGCUACUGUUCUUUUUUUUUAGAAUUAUUUCUUUUUUUCUGGAAUUGCUUUGUGCCAAAUUAUCCUUUCACAUGCUGUCCAAUGGUAUAAUCAUGUCAUAUGGGAUGUUGAGUAGUCUCCUAUAUAUGAAGCCAUUAUUUGUCUCUUUAUGUACAGUAGAAAUCUUGGUAGCUGUGACCAUAUUAUAUUUUAGUAAAAUCCAGCGAGUGGUCUAUCAUCAAUGCUGCAUUCUGAUUGGUUGAGCCACUACUACUAACUAGGCUAUAUGUUAUAGCCCACUAGUAGCAAAAAGCGCUGGCUUUUUGGCGGCAAAAAAGAAUUUAAGUCUAGCUCUGUCUAGCUAAAGUUGUUUUGUCUCUAUAUUUUUUUAACAACUAGUUGGAUUUUACUAAAACAAUUGUUCCUCUCACCCUUGUGGCCUCUGAGUCAAUAGCCCAUUUGGCCGAAUUGACUCAGACCCCAUUCGGGUUCGAGGAAUAAUUGUUAAAUAUUGCUCACAAACUCAUAUUGAGGCAGACUAGCACUCUUCCAUCUGAGCAAACUGACCAUUCUCUAAGAGAUGAAUAUUUUUCUUAGUCUAAUACUGUCGCUCCUAAACUACGUACACUGAUUCAUUAUUUUCCUUUGCAGGCACUAAUUCAUCACAGUCGUCAUUCAGUAAUUUUUCAAUUCCUACAGCAGGCAAUGGCAUUCAUACCCAUCUGGUUCCUUCUAAUAUGACUGAAACCACCACUAGUUCUCUAUUGGUUAAUUCUACUGCAAUACUCUCUGCAACGCGUGGAUUACCUGGAAUAAGGGAGAAUGAAACUGGCGCUGAAAUUGAUAAGGAUGGUGACAGGGAAAGAAAUUCAGGCAAAAAUGAGCAUGGUGUCCAGUCAAAAGAACGAAACAGUACUGGAAUUUAUGUACCAAGUGACCAAACUGAUGAUAAAGGUACAAGUAAUAAAUAAAUAAAUAAAAAUACAAUUUAUGUUUUGGAGGGAUAGUUUUGGGUUUGGGAUACCAUGAGAAGCUUUCAAUACUUGAAAUAGUUUUUUAAUCAUAGGAGGAUUGCUGAACACUUAAAACACUCUUUCACUACCACAGAAGUAUUUUGCUAAAAAGGCUUGAAACAUUUUGAUAAGGGCAACAAUUUUGAUAUUUUGUGGGGUGGCAAAGUUUUGAACAAACAACUCUGUCCCCAUUACAUCAGAGUCACACCUUCCCCCUUCUACAUUGUAAGGCAGUACAAUUUUUUUUCACCUAAUUAUGUCAUCAGAGAUAGUGAUAAAAAAAAAUAUACCUACCUGUAGCAUCUGUUUACAUUCAGUCAUGUUUUACAAGUUGACGUUAGGAAGUAAUAUUGCCUUGUCACUUGGAAGUGAAAGUUUUUCUUGAUUCAUGGCAAAUAGUUUUCUAAAAUUAUUUCUUUAUGUAGGUGGUGUACCAUUUUGGGCAUACAUCAUCAUUGCUGCUGGAGUGGUUCUUCUCCUUAUUGCUGUAAUAGUUAUCCUUUAUGGGAGAAUGGAUAGGUGGUAAGGCCACGCAAUUCCUUUUUCCCCUGUCUUUCCUAUGAUUUGAAAAUCAGUGAAGGUGACCAUGUGAGUAGAAAAAAGCAGGAAAGGCUCGUAAGACCUUCUUUACCACAAAAAUGCACUUGCAGCCAUUCCAAGGCUGUGUUCUAAAAAGACAUUUGGAGAGCCUCAUGCUCUGUACCUAUGAAAUCCAGAUGGGUUUUCAGAAUAAGUAAGGUGUGAGGGGCCCCCAGGGGGUACUCUGAAUUUCAAGUGAUGGGGAUGAUCAAAGGAUUUGUUUGAGUUUGAAAUUUUCGAUUGUGGGAUUUUUUUGGCUAGGAUAAUUUGGCAAGUAUUUUUUUUCGUGGAUUGAUUUAAGUGGGGAUUUUUGGGGUAUUCAAAACAAUCUGAAGAUUCGUGGUAGUGCCAGUGUAUGAUAACUUCAGAUGGUUUGAUGAAGAAAGAAAGUUAACACAAUUCAAUUAAUUUCUGAAUGAUUGUAUUUUUUUGCAUUAUAAUUAUCAUUUAAUGCCUUCUGGAAAUUUUUAAGGCUUGGAAAUUGGGCAUUGGAUUUUUUGGCGGUUAAUUUUUGGUCCGGGUAUUUUUCGGGUUUUGAUUUUUGCCCCAUUUGAUCAUCCCCGCCACUUGAAAACCAGAGUCUCCCCCCCCAACAACUGGUUUAGUAUUAGAAAUAUGGACUUUCAGUGUAUUUUUCUCGGGAAAAAGGCGAUCAUUAUUACAUCAAAACACAGCACGAGGAUCUUUUUACCCAUUACAAUCUUAUUCUAAGAAAACGUUAAGAAAAAAUGUCCCGAAAAGCGCUCGAAAAUACAAACGAAAUGUGCUCAUGCCCCCUGGGCAUCCUAUAAUACUCCUUAAAUCGAAUUAAUUCAAUAUGGCCACCAUAUCGGUAAAAAGGUCUAUUAUAAAUCUUGGAAUGUAAUAAUUAAUGCCCCAUUGUUUUUAUUAAUUUUGUUAUGGACUGUUCUAAAGUUAUGUUUGUGUUAUGUGCAAGGUGAAUAGCCCCUUUGUUUUCUAAUUCAGGAAAAACCAUGGUUCCUACAUGGUUUGGGAUGAUGCAUUAGAGUUAAGCCCAGCAUUUACAAGGUAAUAAUAAUAAAUUAUUGUUUAAUAUAUGAAGCAAUGAUUCCAUUAUGUUUAUUGACCUUUACGUUAUUUAUGCAAUUUAUGGCACUUGCUACCUGAAACAUGAGUGUCCUAAAACAAAUAAUGAUUUAUUUUUGCUUGUAGGUUAAGUUAUCAAGAGUUUUCUGACAAACAGUCUUUUUAGAAUUUUUUAGCAACAAUUCACCAUUGAGAGAAAGGCAUUCUUUACUGAUCUCUAUAUUAAUUUUCCUUGUUCAAUUUCAGGGAGUCUGAAUUUCUUCUUGACAAUUUGGCAGGUACUUAUUUUGAAAGUGAAUAUACAAAAUUUUAUGUCUUUCAUAAAACUUGCCAAGAAUGAUGUUUUGAUAGUUCAAUAAUAUACCAUUGUAUUGAUCCUUAAAGUUCAAGAACAUUGAAUUGCCUAGACACCUACCCAUUGUUGUAACUCAGUCAGGGAUACAUAUACAUAUCCAAGACGAACCCUUAUAUGAAGCUGUCUCCAUGGAUGUAAUUACAUUAUUGAAGCUUUUUGGCAGUUGUUUUCAGAUUUAGAGUGCAAUCUGAUUUUAAUUCGUAAAGUCGCAUCCAAACAUAUUUCAGAUUCCUCAUCAAACCAGAGCAGCUAAUUUGGACAGGAGAUUAUAGCAUGAAAUCAAUGCAGGGAUAGUUGAAAUUUGACUGCAAGCAGUUCUCUUAGUUUCUUUUCAAAACCAGUGGGGUAGCAUAAACAUGGGAAAAGCAGACUGCAAUAAUGCAAAAAGUCUUAGUUGACAUUUGAUUUUCCUGUUUGUGAUAUAAGACAUUUUCUGGCCAUUCAGAAGCAGGCAAUCAGAUAAAUAAAAUGUUUUUGAAUCUUCUGAUUCUGGAACUAAUUCAUACACCUCUUUGAUAAUUGUGGCCUAUUAAUGUAUUCUUUUAUAUCUAUGAUAACUAGCCUUUCCAGGGCUCGAACUUGGCGGUGGUCUACUAGCCAAAUACCAGUAGAUUUUGAUUUUUGGCUAGUGGAUUUAGCUCAUUUACUAGCCAUCUUGGCUAGUUAAUUUUCGCACCUGUAAACAACAUAAGCCUUGAAAUGUUUUCAACAUUUUCCCAGUUGAUCCGCACCUUCUAGUAACCUCUUAUUUCAUUCCCCCAUUAACAACUGGCAUGAAUAAAAGAAAGAAUAAUAUUUGUUAAUUCGGUUUUCAGUUUCGCGUUUAUUCGCUGCCAUCUUGAAAUUUUGUUUGACCAGGGAGCAUGGGCCAGGCCGUACCCAUGAUGCAAAGCUAGCCAAAAAACAAAUGUACAUGAUCUUGAAAUGCAAAUCUACAAUCACAGUCCACGCAUGAUUGUCAUGGAUAUUAGGGCAUUUCUGUUGUCAAAUAAAACAACUAAAGGUCUAAAGAGAGCAAGUGAUGAUUCUGCUGGAGGCAGCACGUCUACAUGUAAAUCUUCAUCAAAACGAAAAUUUGUACGGACCUGGCUGAAAGACUUUCCAUGGCUCACAAACGAUGUUGAAGCAAACCAAAUGUUCUGCAAAUUGUGUAGAGACAAUACAACUUGUGCAGGUGCUGGCUGCUGGACUUUAAACUGCAGACCAGCGCAAGUGCUGUUGGGUUCUUGUUUGUAGAGUUCAGUAAAAUUUAUUAUUGUAUUGUAACUAAACAUACAAGACAAGAUGCAUUUAAAUUUUUCUUAUGUUGCAGUUUUUAUUAACGUUUGAUAAUCACAGGAUUGUUGACAUUUUUUUUAAUCGUAUGCUGUACAGAAGUGCCUAGACUACUAGAAACACGUUUAUGGCUAGUAAAGCCCGAGCAUGUACUAGCCAUUUGACUAUUAAGUUCAAAAGUUAAGUUCGAGCCCUGCUUUCUGACCUCGUUACCACAUGUAAAAUACAAAACAAUUCUUACUUUCAAACGAGACCAGGAAGGUUCAUUCACAUACAUAUAAAAGAAUAGAUAAAUGGGCGGCCAUUAUGAAAGAGGUCUGUUAAGAGUAAUUGCCCUGGGGCUUUCCUGUCUUUUAUUGUUGAGUCUUUGCAAUGAUUCUUCUCAUAAACAACAGUUCCUUUUCCCUUUCCUUUGCAUUUCUGCAGAUUUAUUUUUGUGCCAAAAACCUGGGUAAAACAAUAGGCUGAUUUAGCAACAGAAGGGGAGCACGCACGUCAGUUGAUGACAGGCAAGCACGCAAAAAGGACUAAACGCGACUUCUGGUGCUCAAUUUGACCAGUUGUUCGAUUUGCGCGCGCCGUCGUCGACUGACAUUCCCAUUCUGUUGCUAAAUCAGCCUUAAGGGUAAAUGAAGGGUAAUACGACUUGCUGGUAUUUUCCCACCCUUGACAUUGGCUCUUUGUAUUAAUCGGGUUUUCAAGGUCUGUUUUGUUUAGCUAUAAAAAAAAUUGCGUAAAAACUUUUCUUCAAAACCUUUAAGAAAUUUUUAAAAAGUUAGAAAAUAUAAUAUACAAUGUUUCGACGUUCUUGGACGUCAUUAUCAAGUAAAAAAAAAACAGUAUGAAUGUUCUAUAAAUUAUACAAGAAAAAGCAGAGAAAAUAGUCUGAUUCUAGGUUUUUGAAAGUUCUUGACUUUUUUUGAGUUAUUCUUUAGCUCACUGUUUGCUUCUUGAUUUAUUGUUUUAGCUGACCAAGAACCAGGAACUCCUGAGCUUCAAAUUUAUGAGAUCCCUUUGGACUCCCUUGGGCAACAGCGAGUGUACAUUGGAACUAAACGUAUUGUUCCCAAAAGUGAUGAUCACAAGGAGCGUACGCAGGUCGCAAAGUUUACUAAAAACAGAAAGCACAGGAGGAAACAUCGUGAAGAUUUUCGGGUAAACACGCUUCCAGCCACAGCUGGCAGAAGGGAUCAUAUUUACAGUUCAGUUAAUGAUGAAGUCAACAGUGCUUUAAGUGAAGGUAUGAUCAUUAGUGUGGCAGUUUACAGCAUUUAGUAUUAAGCACAUCUGUUUUAUGUGUUUUUAGAUUACUAAUAUAUUGGUUUCUUUAAUAUAUAUCCUAGCGGUCAAAUCUUCAUCUACUCAUAAAAGCACUGUAAUUUCUCACGCGGUUGCCUACUCGUCAAGAGGGCUUCCAAAAGCGUGACAAGGUCUAUACUAGGGAGCUUAAGCAAAGGCGUUUUUGAGUCACGCACGUCAACCGGAAGUGAGGCCUUUUCCCUUUUAAUAUGCCUUGAUGUCACCAAAUGUAUCUUGCUAGGUGUCUUCACUUGACCAAGAAUGCAAGAAGUCCACUUCUGGUUGACGUACGUUGCACAAAAACGUCUUUCCUUAUGCUCGUAACUGUCUGUUUUUUAAGCGUUACCGUGGCCCGUACGAAGGUUUAUUUCUGUUCAUCAAUCAAUCAAUCAAUCAAUAAAUUUAUUAGUGUCAUAGCGUAGGAUAGGGUUGCCCCAAGUAUCCGAGCCAUGACAUUGUUACAUGUACUUGAAAUCAUUUUAUCUUUCAGGUGACCUGCGUGAGGGUAGGAGUGUCAGUGGGCACACCCUUCCCACGGUCAUAUUGUCAGCUCAAAAUCUACUUAAAGGAGACUUCUUAAAGUCCAAUAAUAGCGGAUCAUCUCCCGAUAUUAAAAGAGAAAUAAGAUCGCUAACGCUUGACUCUAAAACCAAGAGUGUAUCCAACUUGUUUCAGAACAGACCGCUGCCUCCUGCUCCCAGUAAACGCUUCUCAAAAAGUCUUGAUCGUUUGCGGUUUCUGGAAACCGGGCAAUUCAGUAAAGGAAAAGGCAAAACGUUUCCUUUUCAUCAAAAACGAACUCCCAAGCGAGCUCAUCCUAUGCUCGUCAAGUCUUCAAGCUUCGGGGGUACAUUUAAUAAGAUAAUUAACGCAUCGCAGCCUCCAGUGCCAGCACCUAGAAAAGGAUCUUUAGAUCUCUUGGAUAAAUCAGCUGCUUUCGAUCUGGGUCAUAUAAGGAAAUCACACUUAUGCCACAGACAUUCGAAGUCUUUGGAUACUCUUCUUCUCUUGCGUGAUCUCAGUUGGACGGCCUACGAUGUUGAUAUAUAUCACUCGUAUGCAAGCGUACACAGCAACCAAAGUGAUAACAAUAACGAGAAGGAACCGUCGUAUCAAAGUGUGACAAGCGAUGAAAAGCCCUCAAGUCUCGAUGAACGCAGAGGAAGACUAAGCUCUCAGGGUAAAGCUAGAACUUUAUCUGGCCCCCCUGUCGAUAGCGAUGACCAAGAUGAGCAUUUUGAUGAGGAAAAUCCUUAUGCCAGUGUAAGUGAGGAGGAAAUGUCCAAAACAGGAAGUUCUCAAAGUGGAAGGGAAUCACGAAAUUCAGAUCAAGAAAGUAAUAUAAGAGAUAGUGGCGCGCCUUCCAGCACUUUAGAACCUGAAGAGUCUACCUCUCCUUAUGCUUCGGUCAGAAUAAGUCAGAUCCCCGGGCUGGUUAUCCGUCCUUCGCCGGGUGAGGAAAGCAACUGCAGCGAGGAAGUCUUUGCGACUGAAGCUGGGUCGGAUUUCACUAUAGGUACUGGCAGUGAUCCAAGAGAGGAUGAAGAUUUAAAGCGGGCGAGCACACACACCUAUCUGGAACUUUUCCCUGACAGCGGCAGAGAGAGCAUAAUCUCAGAAACGAGCUCGGGGUAUGCAAGGCCAUCAGAUGUACUCUCAGAUAUAUCAGAGCCUUUGGAAAACACGUCCGUUGAUGCUGAUAGUUCUUCCGAUAGUGCUAUUAAGAUUCUUGAACAGUGUCCUGAGAAAAAGGAUGAUUUGGUGAAUCCCCGUGAAGAAGGGACUGAAGCAAAAGCAACUGCUGCGAAGACCGAUCCUCGAGUGUCCCAACUUUUCUUUGAAGAUCUCCGAGAAGAUGAAGAUGAAGCAAAAAGCGAGUUCGGAGAAGGAAUAUCACCCACAGAUGAACACACUUACGAAAACUCACAGGUUUUUCGGAACUUAAAACAUGGCAAUGCUUUUGAGGAAGUAGAAACAAUUUCAAGCGAAGCUGCUAACGCUCAAACAUUUCAUCUGCAAGAACCUCGCCUUUCCGAGGAAGUGCAUGUCUGAGAUAUUUGACGACGCAGUCGGUAGACGCUCUGAAAUCAGGCUUAGAUAGUGGUUUGGAGGAAAAGAGAAGUUGAAAUUCAUUAAUGUUAAAUUUAAUUUUGUAGAUAGUUAAAGAGCUACAUUUUUGGCUCUUAAAAAAUGGCUUACGGCGUUAGUUUGUGAAGGGCUGUUAAGAGAUUCACCGCGAGGGAUUUAUUAGUUUUGUGUAAUUAUGCAAUUACGAGUAGGAUGAUUAUAAAUCGUGAAGAAAUACUUGUUAAUACUUGAUUGGGAUGUAACGAACUACAAGACAAGGUUUACGCUUGGGAAAGUAACUUUUCAGAAUGUGAAGAAUAUCCUACUCUUCAAAUUGAAGGAGAUCAUUUGCGGCUGGCCCGUAGAUGCUUGUUGAGCUGGGCUCACUAUUGAAUGCAUAUCUAUGUGGUUGUUAUGUUGCCCAGCCGGGUGAAAUAAGGACGCUGACCUUAAAGCUUCCGGAAAUCUCAACUCAAUCGACCCAUGGAAAUUUGAGCAGGCUCAAAACUUUGGCAAAGUCGAUGAAUCGGGUUGUCCGAUGAAAGUAGAUCUUGUCCUUGUAGUUAAUAAACAAUCUCAUCUUUGAAAACUAAAAGAAGGUGAAAAAAGUCACACUUGAAAGGGAAUUUUUUCGAUUCAGGUUUCUUUUCUUCUCUCACUUUUCUUUUCUCCUGUUUUUUUUUCUCUUUUUCUCAACCGCUUCGGUUAUUAGUAUAUCUGAAAGGAUCACAUCUACUUUCAUCUAUUCCCUUCACAGUUGAUGAUUUCAUAUUUUAAGUCAAACCUUUGUCAUCUUGAUCAAGCCCUUCUUUCCGUUUACACCCAGUACUUGGAAGGUUGAAGCAAAAUUGAAAGUAAAACAAGGAUACAGACUGAUGUUUCGGAUUGCGCGUGGUAAACUCCCGAAGUCAAGUGCUCGUAGUGUAAUUAGUAUAAGACAGAAACUAAUUUUUAUGUAAUACUUGAAUAAUGUGGUGAUUAGAAAUCUAGAGCAGCUAAGAGCUGAUAUAAGGAAGAAAUCUAUUUAGUAUCUGAAAUGGUAGCAAAAUUUUAAGAUCCUCGAUUUGAUUUUGUGGAUAGUAAGAGCGUUGCCUUGUUUUGCUCUUCCAAUAGAGUUAGUACACGCGUUUUUGAUUGUCUUUAUGGCAUACUUAAAAAACUAAAGAUCCUUGAGCAAAGAGCUGUAAGACGGAGAUGUCAGACGCUCAAACGGUGGUCUGGGCUGGGAGAGUUAUUUUCAACAUUCUGGGAAUGACUAACGUUUCACUGAAGAUGGUUACACGCGGCUGGCCCGCGGGAGUAUGUUGAGCUGGACUCACUGUUGAUUGUGGAUCAUUGUAAUUGAGAGUCUUCUGGUAUUGCUGGGCGAUGAGCCGGCACAAGCUCUUAUGCUGGUCUUAAAAUAGGAUACAAAUAAUGUAGUAAUAACAAAUCUGGUGCGGCCAAGAAUUUAUGAAAAGACAAAUAAUUAUAUCUCUAUAAAUUUAUGUAU